AUGGCGAUGCAGACGGUACACGCCCACGCGGGCCACGCACAUUCGAGCUCCACGUCCUCGUAUCCUCCGCGGCCUGCGUCUCCUACGCUGACGAACCCCGACAUGAUUCUCCCCGACUACGAUCGCUCGCCUUCUCCCGAACGAUCUCAUUCUCCGCUAACCAUGUGGAAGAACGCGCAUGCCGUCGAUAUGAACAUGCAGUUCCAAUUUCCACCCUCCGCAUUUGUCGCUGGUCCUAUCACCCCUACAACGCCAAUCAUCUAUGGCAACGGAACCAUGUUGUCUGACAUUGGUGAGGUCACGGAGGCCGAGAGCACACCCGGCAGAGCUUCGCGCCCGACUUCCAUCUUCUGGUCCCGACCCAACAACGCGGGCGCCGACGAACCGCGAUAUCCGUCGCCUACGAAAGUACUAGAGAGCCUCAAGCAACGAGCAGCGCGGGCGACGCGUGAACGGCGAUCCUCUAUUGAUUCCACAAGCACGAUCACCACAACACAAGACCAAAACGCCCUGUUCGCGGGAUUUGACGAUGCCAUGAGCGUCGACGAUAGCAACUUCCAGGGCGACGACGAGGAGAGUGUGGCGGAAUCUUAUAUUGAGCAGGCGCCUAUCCACCAAACACAGGAUAAGUCGCAAACCAUUAGGUCACCUCUCGAUGGUCCCAAAACAUACUCCACCUCUCUUAUAAGUCGCCGGGCCGAGCAAAUUCUAGCGAAUGCUAAACGGAGGCUCACGACAAUGGAAGGCAAUCUGUCAAGAGCGCGGAGUUCAUUGAGCAUCUCGACUCCCUCAAUGUCCUCCUUCGACGGAAACCACUCAACUCCUUCUCCGACAAGGUCUGCCUCGUCCGUAACCUCUCCGAUGUCUGCUCACGGGCAUGCAAGGAUGUUGAGUGAUACGUCGCUCAACAUUGACGCAAACACUAUAGCCAAUGUUCCCAAACGGUCCGCCAGUGCAAUGGGAGCAGCAGGUGGAUACCGACAACCGCUCCUUGUUCGUAAGACUUCUUACGACUCGGCAUCGGAUCGCCUCAACUCUGGAGGAGAGGGACACUCGCGCUACAAGAUCGCUCAAGAAAUUGGCCUGGAACCCCUUGGAGAAGAAGAGGUGACGCAGGAAUUUCACUCAGGGAGCGACAGCGCCAACCGGGAGGGUCUCCUAAACCCAGCGUUCAGCCUGGCGAGUCGCAAUAGGCCACUGACACGCUCUGCAUCUGUUGCGCAAAUGCGCGACAUCAGAGAUCAGGUGCAGGAUCUGAAAGGAAAGAUCUCAUCUCUGAGAGAGCAGGCGCGUGCCGACAGCAUGCGACGACGCAGCAUGCAGAGCCUGCGAACCCCAAGUCCUUUUACUCACGCUCAGGUUGACCAGUGGUAUGCCGAACCCCAGAAGCCACAAUCGCCGGAGCCAUUGACUGCUAGCUCGGAAAAGAGUCCGUGGAAUGCGGACGCGGUGAGCGUUGACGGGCUGGUUCAGGAGCCAGAAGAAGGACCCAAGACGAUACAACUAUCGGUCGCAGAUGACGGGUCGGCAGCUGAAGAUUAUGACACUGUGGAGGAUGUCAUUCGACAGGAAGAAAGGCAAAAGGCGCUCAAUGCCAUGCAGGCAAACCAGGAUGUGGAGGAUGAUGAGGCCGUCGAAGACGACAUCUCUGACAUGCAAACCGAGGACGGUUUCGAAGACAGCGUGCAAGUCCAGGGCGGGGAAGGAUAUGACAGUGAUAGCGGAGACUCACUCUACCAUGAUACUGUGCAGACUUUCAUGUCUCACGAGGACCGCGAAGAUGCCUUCGAUUAUGAGCAUUUCUUCCUUCACAGCGCGAUGGGCACCCUCAGCUCAAACCGCCGUGGUAGCGUCACUUCCGAGAGUUCUAUCGAAACGACUCGUGGGCCCAUCGUCACCAACGAGCCGGUGCAGCCGAUCGCACACAACAGACGGGGCAGCGGGGACACGAUUUCAACCAUGGAGUCUUUCGCCACGGCACACGAUGGCCGAUCCAGUCGAGUAAGCGCCAGCGAUCCUAGCGAGGAGCUGAGGCACGGUAUCCUCACACCCCCAAGCAUCAGCCCCAUCAGCGAGCGCACCGAGAGCCCGCCGACGGCCAAGCGAGCGAUCAACGGUAGCAACAUGGGCGGCGAAGACGCUUUGGACAAACUACGAAGUCGAGCACGCGCCGGUUCGACGGUGUUCCGUCGGCCGAUGACCACCCAGGCAACCAUGGGCCACCGCCCGGGGAGUGCCUCAUUUGACUCGACAGGCACCAACCGAAGCUUUCCGUUGGCGGGCAAGGCGCGUGUCAGCGUUGGCAUCCUCACCCCUCAGGGCUCUCCCGAUCUGGAACUCAGGACCAUCUCGGAUGCCUUGAUGAGCGAGGCUGCGAGCAUUUGCGACAAGGAAAGCAUCCACACACCGGAUCAACCUGCCCCCAUGGAACAGCUGGCCAGAGAAGACCAGAUCUUGAUUGAGCGCACCGUAGCCAGCUUGGGACGCUGCGUGCUCGCAAUGAGCGAGGCCGGCAAGGCCUCGUCAGAAAACCGGAUGUACAGGAGGCGCAUCGACAUGGCACGCCGGAUUCUGGAAGGCAUUGGCGAAACUUCAUAA